GCUGAAAAUUUUGACAACAGCAAUGUUGACAUACAGAAGCCUGUGAAAUCAUGGUACGAAAGUUAAUAAAAGAAUUAUGGCUAUAACGAUAUGGAGACUUUGUGGCCGAGCUCCAAAUAGUCGCCAACUGUUAGUGACAGCCUGCUUCCUAUUCUUAUUUUGGUGUUUAUCCUUGUACAGAGUAACGACUAUCAACCAAUCGAGAGAAAGUGAUUUACUUAAGGCUGAAAUCAUCCGACUAAGUGAGAAUUAUGUGCGAGCACUCGCCCGGGAGAAUUCUGACAUCGUAGAUGGUCCGUAUGCUGGCAGAUUUACAGCUUAUGAUCUGAAGAAGACUAUAGCUGUAUUACUGGAAAGCAUGUUGGACAGAAUAGAUCAUCUAGAAGCUAAAGUUAACAUUACCAGAUUGGGUGGAUUGUUAGGCUUAUCGUCCAAUUUAUCACAACAUCAAAAUAAUAAUGUCAAUCCAGCUAAAGGCAUCAUUAACGCAGAAGAGGGAAUAGGUAGCUGGCUUUUUGGCAGAAUCAGGCAUGCCUUAGGAAUUGAUGUUAUUAACGGUGUCACACAGGAAUGUGCCUUAACUGCUGAAGAUAAACAGCUCUUUCCCAACUGUGAAGGGAAAGUUAUGUGGAUGAGGCAGAUGUGGACAUCAGAUCCAUGUUAUGGAGGGUAUGGUGUGGAUGGCUCAGAAUGCUCGUUUGUUAUGUACCUCAGUGAAGUUGAAGGAUGGUGUCCCAAGAAAGCAUGGAGAGGAAAAGUACAGAUACUUCAAGAAGAUACAAAAUUGAUAAGAUAUGCUAAUAUAAGUACAGAUAUAGAAGAAUUAAUGAAAGUAUUGGUAGAUCCGAAUGAAAGACAGGGAUAUGCUUGGAUCAGAAUGAGAAUACGGAGAAUGUGGCCAAGGUUUAGUAAAGCUAUGAAAAGUCUCCAAUUAAAACAAGAUAUGAAUGGCAGGAGGAAGAAAAAGAUCUUGGUACAUUUAGGACUCUUAUCCAAACAGUCAGGAUGGAAGUUUGCUGAAAGUCAGUUUAAAGGUGGACCUUUAGGAGAACUUGUACAGUGGAGUGAUCUUGUAGCAACUUUGUUUUUAUUGGGGCAUCAAUUAACAAUAACCAGUGAAGCAGAACAAUUAGCAGGGAUUUUAAAUAAACUCCCAGCAGCAAAUUCUCCUUGCCAGAGUAGAAAAGAGCUACCUGUUGAUAUUAUAUAUACUGACAUAGUUGGUUUGCGGCAGUUUAAAAAGCAUGUCAAAGGUGGCUAUGGUAAAUUUAGUUGUUUACUAAGAAUAGUGGACUCUUUUGGAACAGAGCCAGCAUAUAACUUGAGGUCGUGGGCGAAGGCACAUAAGAUUCUCACCACGUGGGGAGGGCAAGAUUUACAGCCACAACAAUUUUUCACUAUGUUUCCUCAUAGUCCAGAUAAUUCUUUCAUGGGAUUUGUAGUUGAACAACAUUUAAAUGAUACCAAUGUUGUAAAGAUUGAAAGGAGAAAUCAAGCUUUAGUUUAUGGGAAAAACGAAUAUAUGUGGGAGGACAAUGAUUUAGUUCAGGGUAAGGCAGCGUACUUAGACGUCAUUAAAUCAUUGGUAGAAAUACAUGGGACAGUGUAUAUAGAUACAGAUGCUAAAAAUAAAACUCAUACCAUUCCAUCGUAUGUAAAUAAUCAUGGGUUAUUAAAUGGAGAAGAUCUACACACAUUAUUACGUCAAUCAAAAAUAUUUAUAGGACUGGGAUUUCCCUAUGAAGGACCAGCCCCUCUAGAAGCCAUAGCAAAUGGUGCUGUAUUUAUAAAUCCUAAAUUUAACCCACCUCAUAGUAGUAAAAAUACCAAAUUUUUUAAAGGAAAACCCACAGAACGCAAGUUGACAAGUCAACAUCCGUAUGCAGAACAAUUUCUUGGUGAACCAUAUGUAUAUACUAUAGAUAUAAAAAAUAUACAGCAAGUCAAAGAUACAGUGUCAAGAAUAUUACAUAGAAAUGAGUUUCAUCCUUAUAUGCCAUACGAGUAUACAGAGGAAGGCAUGUUACAGAGAAUGAAUGCUUAUAUAGAACACCAAAAUUUCUGUCAGUUUCAAAAACAACCAGCAAAAUGGCCUCCAAAUAGUGCUGUUAAGUUUAUACUUAGUGAAAAAGGAGUCUCAUGUAAAGAUGCCUGCUGGGCUAAAAAUUUAAUCUGUGAUCCUAGUCACUUCCGAGAUAUAAACUCUAAGGAAUCGUUGCUUGAAAGCGGAUCAACAUGUGCUCAAAGUAAAGAACUUACCGGAAUUCUCUAUCCAUCAUUUAAUACAGUGACUAACGAGUGUGAGACUCAGAAAGAAGAAUUCUUAUUUAGUUGUGUUGGUGAACACUUGGAAUUACAGAGACUAUGUCCGUGUAGGAAUUAUAUCAAAGGUCAAACAGCAUUAUGUCAAGGUUGUGAAGUAUGAUGUUGCCAUGGAUACAGUUAGAAUGACAUUAUGUGAUAUUGUACCAAUGUUUCAUUGUUCAGGUCUGAAAUUUGUUUUUGUUUAGAAAUUUUGAUUUUUUUUUCUGUAGGAGAAAAUCAAACCAUCUCAUUUGUGGUGAGGUGUGUAUUAUCUAUUUGGUACAAAUUUUAGACAAUUGAAGAUAUAUUGUAGUUAAUUUUAGGAUUAUUCCAUAAAACUGUAUGGGUUGGGUAGGAAUGGACUUCCCAAAUCACCUCACAACCAACAUACUUUUGGUAAUUUAACAUACAUCAUUUGGACUUGCAACCUUCAAUGACCCAUGUUAAAAAUGUCUUUCCUAUCCUCCCAUGAUAAUUUGUAGUUAGUCUAACAAAUGUAUUAUCUGUUUUUAAUGAUGAGGAAAAUUCCUCGUUAUAACACUAUAUUUUAGAAAUACACAUUUUAUUGUUUGAUAUCAAAUUGGAAUGUUGAAAAGGUGCUCAUGUUUAUAAUGUCUGAAUUAGUGCAAUGUAUCUGUUAUUUUGUGACAAAAUCCACAUUUCAAAAUUUAUCUUUUUAAUAUAUAUGUCUACCUUGAUAUAUAUGGGGGAAAUAUGCAGUUUUUGUGAAACAUAUUGGAAAAAUACUCUUAAAGAAUAAGCAUUCAUUGUAUUGUAAUCUACCAUACUUUAUAUAAUAGUGGGGACAUUGUCCAUUUUCUGUUUAUUGCCUUAAAUAUCCAUUAUUUACAGAAAAUGUAAUGCAACUAAACAUUUUGGUGAAUACAUUUAAAAUUAUAACCUAGAAAAUUAAGUUUAUUAUUAUAUUAAUGAUACCAUCUGAUUUGAUAUACUAGUAAUCCUUUGAUAUGCAUUUUCAAAAACAGCAAUUCAAAUCUGAAGAUCAAGAACAGUUUUAAGUUUAAAGAUGUGAUAAACAUCGCAUUUGAUUUAAACAUCCUCAAUUUAUUUAUGCCAUUUGAUUAAAAUUCAGAUCAAGUGCCCAAGCUUUGCUUACAAGGAUUUGAAAACUCUUCAUUCUACUUUCUGUUUUAAACACCUUUGGGGACCCUCUGGAUUGUUCAGAUCAACACACACCUUCACAAAUUUGAAGGCUUAAAUUUCAUUGGCUGAUGCAAUAGUGAACAGAACAGAAAGUAAAACAGAGCUUUGUCAGAUCCUUGUAAGCAAAGCUUGGGACACAGGAUUUGUAUUUUAAUCACAUUCUUUAUUUAUGUAAACCCGGAAAAUAUAAUACAUGUAUAAAUAUUUAAAUGCCCUCAACUUAAAAGUCAAUGCUGUAUAAAAGAUAUAUGAUCAUCUACUUGCCCUCAAUUAUUAUGGUGCAAUUGAAAUCAUUAUAUCACUGACAUUUCUGUAUUAUUUUAUAUGUUAUAAAAUAUUUAUUAAACAUUGAUUAAUAUCUAUGAAGGUAGAUUAUUAUUGCAUAAUUAUUUUUUGUGUAGAUCUCAUUUAUUGUUAACCAAAAAUGAAACUUUGAGAAAAAUUGGGAAUGUUACUUAUGUUGCAUAUAUAUGUAUGUGAUUAAUAUAUAGUAUGAUAUAUUACAUCAUUUUAAGAUAUAAGAAUCAAUUUAAGAUUUUAUCAAAUUGUAUGCUACUUUAAAUAUAAAGAUGCCAAUUUAAAAAAAAAAAAUGCAAUAGUCAACCUUCCUAGCCUUGGUAAUAGGUCAAAGUUGAGUAAUUUGAUAGUAUUUCUAUUAUUAUUAGAGGUUACUAUUUCUGUCAAGGUUGUAUGAUAUGCAUAGGGAACUGGUUUAAGUGGACUUAUGUCUUCAAAUACUUUUUUUCUAAAUUUGAUAUUUUUUACUUGAGAUUUAAACAUUUGUGAGUGUCACACUAACAGUUUACGAUCAUACCAAUAGAAAAGGUUAAAAACAUGCAUUUAAGUACUUUCAUAAUACCUGUUACAACUGAACUAGUCGAGAGUGUACAUUCAAUCAUUUUAAGUUUACUUGUUUGCUAGGUAACUCAUGAAUUCUUUAUUGGCUAUUGUAAAUGAAGAGAAAAAAAAUGUCAAACAGGUUUUUCAAUCACCCUUUUGUUAACGGUCCCAUGAUAUGAUUGGCUAGUGAUAACUAUUGCUACUCUUGCAGUAGAGGUGGGUGACAUGCUUUUAGGGAUGUAGGGGAUAAAAAAAGUGGGAUCUGGGAAAAGGAAGUGGAAAAAAAAUUACAAAAAAUUGUGGAAUUGGGUAAAUGAGCACCCAGCGUAACCCCCUCCCAGUAGGUAGUAUACAAAGGAACUAUUGAUUUUAUGUUCCACCUGCAAACAUACAAACUUAAUUUCUCUGUGCUUUGUACACACUCAAGUGCAUUUACUGUAAAUAGAUUUUAAAAUCUGCUGCUUUUAUCAUAACAUUGCCUAUUCAUAUGAUUAUGUUCUACUCUUUUUCAGACCUGCCAACUUUCCUUCUUUACGGGGGAUAUGCCCCAUAAGAGAUGUUGACCUGACCCCUUAUAAAACACAAUUAUUUAGACUAAAUACUUCAAAAAAGGCAGAGUAGUAAAAAAUACAUUUUGAACACAUGUAUACUCAUUCAAAACCAUAGAUGUUCUAAUUAAGUACACUAAUGACAUGUAUAGGUCUUUAUUAGGUCCUCUUGAGCUGCAUACCUGCCAACUUUUCAAAAUCUCCAUGGGGGAUUUUAAAUGCAAAAGGACCUGAUGCUCCUCUUAUAUUGUCAUAAAUGUUUUAAAUCUACUAUUAUAUUGUUUGAAUGCGUAUAUAUGUGCUGUUUUCUACUCUUUGAUCGGGUUGUUGUCUCUUUGACACAUUCCCCAUUUCCAUUCUCAAUUUUAUUUAAUACCCUUUAAACUCAUUUGAAUGCCUGUUUUGAGGUGUUCAGUUUAUAUAAUAAAGAAUUUCAAAAUUCAGGUGAACACCUCUCAUGGGGGAUAUCCCGAAUAAAUUGGGAUAGUUGGCAGGUCUGUGUGCAUAAAAUCCCAAAUGGAGAUUUUUCAAAAGUUGGCAGGUAUCUCUUUGACAUUAGAUUUUAAGACUAGUUAUCAAACAGAAUUUUAAAAUUUUAAUUGUUAAAUGUCUUUAAAAUGUUUUAAAAUAUUGGACUAGGAUGAUUGCUGAAUGUCAACAAUUGAUUUGGGGAUCUUAAAACAUCAUUGAUCAACACACAGGUUUGUUGUUAUAAAUGGCAUUAAUGUAAAUAUAAAAAAGUUUUUAAAUCAGAAUUAAAUAUAAUUUGUCAAUUCAUUUUCAGGUAAUUUAUCAUAAGGUGUCCAAUGAAAUAUAGUAGUACUUAGUAAAACAAGAAAUGACUACCUCUCUGCUGAUGCAGUAUUCUUUUAACUAUUUUUAUUUUUGAUCUGUCUUUUAGAGUUUCAGUUAAAGAAGUCAGAAAUCAAAAGUUAGAGAUUUUUCAUUUUUCAUAAUGUGUGUUGGGUUAAAUUGUUGUUAGAAAGGAAAAACAGAUGCAUUUUAAUUUUUCUUUUGGGGAACAGAUUUCUUGUCAAUGAGUUUAUAUGUUAAAAAGUUAAAGCUAUUUAAAUGUGUGUUGUUACCGGUAAUCAGUAUAUAUAUUUUAUUGUAUAAUAUAUUCCAAAUGUCAAAUUAUUCAUUUUGUAAUAUUUUAACAUCUACCUUUUCAUUUAAAACAUGUACUCUUCCAGUUUGUUGAAUCCUUCCAUUAAUUAAUCAAAAACAACUUCUACAUGGUGAACCAUAGUAAUCCAAUGUGAUAUUAAAACUUGUAAUUUUAAUUUAUUUCUGGAUUUCAUAAUUAGUUGACAAGAUUUAUUUAAAUUUUAGUGAAAAAAGGGGGAAAUACAUGUUGGUCAGAAAUUUUAAAAAGAGCUGUCGUAGAAUUUUACACAUGGGACAGGGAGGCACUUUUUUUGGUCUGAAUUGUUUUUUUAAAACUGUAUUUCUACCCUGCUAACAAACGAAGCAAGUAUCGUUAAAAUCUCCACCCACCUAUCUGUAACAAAGCCGUCAUUAUGAAUUCUGGAAUGUAUUGAUAUGUGAUUUCUUUAAUAAUAAACAAAAAUCAUACCUUUUUGUGAAAUUUGAUUUUGUUGUGACCUCAGACCUCUUUUUACCUAUUCCAAACAAAUCUUUACUUAGUUUUUUUUUUUUUUAAGGAUGUACUUAGGUGAAAUUAAAAAAAUCUAGAAUUUAAAAUUGAUACUAUAUGUCAGAAGAGCAUUUGUUAUGGAACAAAAUAAGCUCAAAAUAUUGAAGGUUAUGGAGCUCCUUUUCGAGAUAUUUAAUUUAAAAAAAAAAAGAAAAGGCUGGCUCGGACUUUUACCUUAUAUUUGCAUUGGUAUUAUUUGGGUCUCAAAUCGAAAGAAAAGAAAUCUAGAAUCUGCUUAAAAUUUAGUAAAUAACCAUUUAUGGGCCAUGGAAGUCUGAUAUGAAAAGAAAAAUGGGUGUUAUGGGGCAAAAUAUCUUAACCUGUAUCGUAGGGGAAAAAAAACAGGAGUCCGAACAUCUGAGAAAAAUUCCUAAACCUGACCUAAGUACAUCCUUAAUGUAAAAUUUUGUAACAUUAUUUUAAACACAAGGGAUUGGUUGGAUUUUCUGUGAAUUAGAUAGUUUUUUUUUUUAGUUUUUUUAGUUUUUCGAAGGUAUCAAUCAAAUUAUUUUUUACAAAAUUUAACACUAUAAGGUAUGGGGAAAAUCUGGAUUCAGAAUAUUUUUUUUUGUCAUCUGCUUGACCACAAUAUUUUUUUCAUCAAAUUGGGGAUCAGAAUAUUUUUUUUAGGAAAAAACCAUAACCCCCUCCUUGAAGUUAAAUGGUCGUUCCCUUAAUUGACUAGGAUGGUCAAUUUUCUUUCCAAAUGUUGUGGUUCUCUCCUUGCUUCCACCACAUAUAAAAACUGGCCGCCAUGAUAUAGCUAAGAAUGCUGAAGUGGCCUUACACACAAGCAAUUAAAUUUUUGCUUCAAGGAUACCAACAAAAUCUGCAUUAAUGAGUAUCCAAAGAAUGAAUCGAGUGUAUUUCUAAGCAGAUUUGUUACGAUAGAAUUGGGUUAUAGUUACCUCAUUUAUUUUAGUGUUCCAUUGUAUAUAAUAUUUGUUACACAAGUGUGAAAUAAAGUUACUUAAAUCUACAUUAUUUGGUCUCUAGCGGAUAGUUGUCUUAUUUUUGCAAUCAUAUCACAUCUACUUAUUUUUAUAUUAGGAGAAAUCUUUGAUAUGUAAUAAUGUAAAAAUGGGUCUGUUGAAAUUUUUCAGUUGGAAUUUUAUGCAUUGACGGUUCUAUCUGAUUCUUCAUUGCAUUUAUAUCUAGGAGAAUUUUUUCUAAUUUUUUUUUUUUGUGAUAUGAUGACUUGCAAGUGAGUAUAUAUUUCUCACCAAGAAGCAGUUUUGGGUACCCUUGUCAGAAUAAAUUUGGUUUUAGACAUCAAAAAUACAGUUAACAGUAAAAAUAUUGUUGUAAAAAAUUUUAAUUUCAACCAAGCACUCAUACAUUACUUCACAAACAGAUAAACCAAAUGUAUUUCUUGAGAAUUUUUUUUCCAUUAGUAGGGAUAGUCUGUAUGCUAGAAAAAUAAUGCAAAAACAAUCCUGUAAAUAUAUAUAUAUAUAUAUUUAUAUAUGAUAAAACAUUUUAAGUGCUGUUAAUUCAGAAUUUUUUGCGGUCUUUUUAUAAUGGCGAAAAUUAGUAAGUUUCACGAAAAUAAAAACUUUUGAACUUUGAUAGCAUUAUUUGUAUGCAGCAUUUCCUAAAAUCGCAUUUAUUAACAUAGCAUAUGUGUCCCUUGUUCAAACAUCAUAAUAAUAAAUAAUAGCAAAAAUUUGUGAAUUUGCCGUAGCUUAUAUCAGCAAACUGAGAGACAGUUUUAUAAGUUUUCAUUUGACCUCAGCUAGAAAUACACGUCAUUAUUUAUAGUCUUGUUGAUAACUGCUUUUUUAUAAAGAGUAAACUAUCAUGUUUGAUAUUUGUAUUUUUUCAAUAAAAAUAUUGUUAUUUUUCAUAGAAAUUAGACAGAUAAUUCACACUUUUGAUAACACUCCUGUUACUUCACACGAUUACUUUGGAAAAGCUACAUACUAAAAUAUGUGUUUGAAAAAAUAUUUAGCUCUAAGCAGUCAAUUACAAACUUUAUAAUAAUGUAUGGGUUGUUUAUCUAUUGAUCAAGUUUAAAAAAAGGGGGAGGGUUGAGAUCUCAUAAAACUAGUUUAACUUGCCACAUUUUUAUAUGUCUGUCCUGUGUCAGGAAUUUUGUCAGUAAGUGUUUUAUGUCAUAUCAUAUUUUUUGUUAUUUUGAGAAUUGGGUGUUGAUGGCAGGGCUCUCGGUCAUAAAACUUAACUCAGUACUCAGAGUACAAAAUCUGUGGUAGAAACACCAAAUCCAGUAUUUAGAUUGGUUAAUUUCUGAGUCUGAAUUCCAUAAUCUUUGAUUGUUUCUGUUGAAUUUAUUAGAAUUCAUUUACAACUUUUACAGAUUCCUGAUGAUUUUAAGCUUGACACGUUGUAUAAACACCUGUGUAUUGUUUUGAGACAGUAUCAUAAGUAUGUUGCCCCAAGAUGAUUAUUUUUGUCGUCAGCUUAUUGUUUAAAUGAUGUAUACCCCUUAUAUUCAUAUUUGAAUUGAACUUAUAUUAUUCUUGAUUCAACAAGACUACACAAAGUUUUAAAUCAUUGAUUAAGUUAAUGGUGCUUUAUUGAUAUAAACAGAUAAGGCAGAAAAUCAAACUUUUAAUCAUGUUAAUAAGAUUUUACUUAUUUAGUGUGUUUUAGGGGUUUUAAUAUUUUUAGCAUUUAUCUGUCAUACCUUGUAUUUUAAUUCUAUUUUAAUCAUAUAAAAUGUGCAAUUUCCUUGAAAUAAUUCCUGUUUUGUUUUAGGGUAAAGGUUUAUAUAAAUACAUUGACAAUCCAAAUUUCCGAUAAAAAUUUCAAUAUGAUCAGUGCCUUCUGUACAUACCAAUUAAUUCAAAAUUUCCUCAAUCAAAAAUUGUUCAAAGCCAUUCAAACUUUGAAAUUUUAUAACCAAAAAGAAAAUAGUCACCUGUUUUUUCAGUUUUAGUCUAGAAAAAACAUGAUUAUUUCAAAUACCAUACAUAUGUUUUUGCCUUUCAGAGCUGAAUCUUUUGAAAGAUCUUAGCAAAUAUGGUGCAUUUAAAAACAUUAUCUCCUUAGAUUGGGUUAUCUUAUCAAACAGGAUUUACAUUUUAAACUGGAAAUAUAUAUAUACCACACCCUAAAAUAUACGAUCGACAAAGUGUCAUAUAAUAUCUAAAAUAUACGGUCGACGAAGUGUUGUAUAAUAUCUAAAAUAGAGAGUUUUCUUUAAACGUACUGCAGAAUAAAACUGAAUUUCUAAGAAACCAUAAAAAAAUCACUCCAAUGUCCUCAGUGGUGUACAAAGGUUGGGUUGAUGUUGAUUGGAGUGGGUAGUACCAAUAUCAAGAGCUCUAUAUAUUUGAAUAAGGUGGGUAGUACCUGUAUAAAACAAUUUUACCAUCAAGAUUUAAAACAACAGUUAGCGUAUGAUGCAGCGUAUUGCUUUGUGUGAACUUCCAUAAUUAAACCCUCUUAUUUUAUGUUGUGAAUUUAUGUCUUUUUGUCUCAUUGUUACUAUAAAUAGAAAUGAUGAAAUUGUUAUGAAAAUAUGUGAUAUUAUGUCUAUGUUUACAUGAAAUAUACAAAUAAAUGAUUUAACCUUUG